GUGGUGACAACGAAGCCGACGGCAGAGGGACUUCAUCUCCCGGCGUGCCCCGCGGCGGGCGCUGGGCCGGAGCCGGAGCCCGAACGGCGCGGCCUGGAAGAGGCCGGAGCCCAGGGGAGGCGGCGGCAGAGGCAGCGGCGGGGGCAGCCCAGGCAGCCCGAGCCCCGCGGCCUGGGCCUGCGCUCGGCGCCAUGAGCGGCGGCGGGCCUUCGGGAGGCGGCCCUGGGGGCUCGGGCCGGGCGCGGACCAGCUCGUUCGCGGAGCCAGGAGGCGGAGGCGGAGGUGGUGGCGGCGGCCCCGGGGGCUCGGCCUCUGGCCCAGGAGGCACUGGCGGCGGGAAAGCGUCAGUCGGGGCUAUGGGUGGGGGCGUGGGAGCCUCGAGCUCCGGGGGUGGCCCCAGCGGCAGCGGCGGAGGAGGCAGCGGUGGCCCCGGCGCGGGCACUAGCUUCCCGCCGCCGGGAGUGAAGCUGGGCCGUGACAGCGGGAAGGUGACCACAGUGGUAGCCACUGUAGGCCAAGGCCCAGAGCGUUCCCAAGAAGUGGCUUACACUGACAUCAAAGUGAUUGGUAAUGGCUCAUUCGGAGUAGUAUACCAGGCACGGCUGGCAGAGACGAGGGAACUGGUGGCCAUCAAGAAGGUUCUUCAGGACAAAAGGUUCAAGAACCGAGAACUGCAGAUUAUGCGUAAGCUGGACCACUGCAAUAUUGUGAGGCUGCGGUACUUUUUCUACUCCAGUGGGGAGAAGAAGGACGAGCUGUAUUUGAAUCUGGUGCUGGAGUAUGUGCCCGAGACGGUGUACCGAGUGGCCCGCCACUUCACCAAGGCCAAGCUGAUCACCCCUAUCAUCUACAUCAAGGUGUACAUGUACCAGCUCUUCCGGAGCUUGGCCUACAUCCACUCCCAAGGUGUGUGUCACCGUGACAUCAAGCCCCAGAAUUUGCUUGUGGACCCUGACACUGCUGUCCUCAAGCUCUGCGAUUUUGGCAGUGCAAAGCAGCUGGUUCGGGGGGAGCCCAAUGUGUCCUACAUCUGCUCUCGGUACUACCGUGCUCCAGAACUCAUCUUUGGAGCCACAGAUUACACCUCGUCCAUCGAUGUGUGGUCGGCUGGCUGUGUACUUGCUGAGCUACUUCUCGGCCAGCCCAUCUUCCCUGGGGACAGUGGGGUGGACCAGCUUGUGGAGAUCAUCAAGGUACUAGGAACGCCAACCAGGGAACAAAUCCGAGAGAUGAACCCUAACUAUACGGAGUUCAAGUUCCCCCAGAUCAAAGCUCACCCUUGGACAAAGGUGUUCAAAUCUUCAAAGACACCACCUGAGGCCAUUGCACUCUGCUCUAGCCUACUGGAGUACACGCCAUCCUCAAGGCUCUCCCCACUCGAGGCUUGUGCCCACAGCUUCUUCGAUGAACUGCGGAGACUCGGAGCCCAGCUCCCCAACGACCGCCCGCUUCCCCCCCUGUUCAACUUCAGUCCUGGUGAACUGUCCAUCCAACCAUCUCUCAAUGCCAUUCUCAUCCCUCCUCACUUGAGGUCCCCAGCAGGCCCUGCUUCUCCCCUCACCACUUCCUACAACCCAUCCUCACAAGCUUUAACUGAAGCUCAGACUGGCCAAGAUUGGCAGCCAUCUGAUGCCACAACUGCUACCCUCGCUAGCUCUUCCUGAGGGCCCCACCGACUACCCCUCCACGUCCAUCUGGGAAGGCCCAAGUGGCGCUGGGAAGGGGGCCACAGCCCAUCAAGCUCCUGCCCUGGCUGGGCCCCUAGACUAGAGGGCAGAGGUAAAUGAACUACCCCCAGCAUCUAGGCCUCCCUCAGCAGCCUAACCUCUGUGGUGGGCUUUUUAAAGAGGAUUUUAACUGUUUGUAGGGGAGGGGAGAAAAGGAAGGACGGGGUUUGGGGGUGUGAGGACCUUCUACCCCCUUGGUCCCCUCCCCUCCCCCAGGCUACCACUCCUUCCCUCCCCCCCUCUCCCAGGUCCCUUGUAAAUAGAACCAGCCCAGCCCAUCUCUCGUCUUCCCUUCCCUGGCCCCCUGGGUGUAAAUAGAUUGUUAUAAUUUUUUCUUAAAGAAAACGUCAAUUCACACCAUUCAACUUGCCCCCCCCAGCUGUACCCCUUCUUGUCCUCUGCUCCCAAGGCUUCCUCCCUCUCCCCAUCCUGGAAGGAGGGGAGUAGAGAGAGUCCCUGGUGUCUUAGUUUCCACAGUAAGGUUUGCCUGUGUACAGACCUCUGUUCAAUAAAUUAUUGGCAUGAAACCCUU